AUGGAUGAACACGACGACUUCGACAACGUCUCUUGGAGGAACGACCCAGAAAGUGACGCUUCUCGACCGACCACCUCGGGUACAGAAGCCGAGGAGCCCCAUAGACAUGAUCAAGACACCAAUGGCAAGCGGAGGAUGAGCUCCGCGCACGAGGAACCCCAGGCUGGCUCGCUGGCCGAUGCUGUAGACCUGGCUGGUAUCGGCGAUGGCGUGCUGGAAUGCCGUGUCGACUCGCCCCUGAAGGAGAACGACGGUACAAAAGAUGCAUAUAUCUCCUAUCUUGUUACAACGAAUACCGACUUCAAGUCGUUCCAGAAAGCAGAAUUUAGCGUACGGCGACGAUUCACCGACUUCUAUUUCCUGUACAAGACGCUCUAUCGCGAAUAUCCCGCUUGCGCGGUACCGCCCCUUCCGGAUAAGCACAAGAUGGAGUACGUACGAGGAGACCGGUUUGGACCAGAGUUCACCACGCGGCGAUCAUGGUCGCUGCAUCGGUUUCUGAAGCGCCUGACGCUCCAUCCGGUCCUCCGCCGUGCACCACUCCUCAUCAUUUUCCUGGAGUCGCCGGACUGGAAUGCGCAUGUGCGGUUACACUCGACCCGAGGCUCGACCAGUACCUCGUCUGACAACGCCGGGACGGGAAUCUUUGAUAAUUUCACAGAUACCUUUGUCAACGCCUUCACCAAAGUACACAAGCCUGACCGGCGGUUUAUCGAGGUGAAGGAGAAGGCAGAUAAGCUGGACGAGGAUCUGUCGCAUGUCGAGAAGACAGUGGCACGGGUUGCGCGACGGGAAGCUGAUCUAGAAACGGAUUACACGGACCUGGCAAUGCAGUUCCGCAAGCUUGUUCCGCUCGAGCCAGCAGUCGAGAUGCCCUUACAGGUGUUUGCAGCCUCUGUGGAGGAAACUGCACGCGGGGUGCAUGAUUUGAAGGACCACACAGAUCAAAACUACCUCGGCUCGCUGCGCGAUAUGGAAGCAUACAUUCUUUCCGUGAAAGCGCUGUUGAAGACUCGUGAACAGAAACAACUAGACUUUGAAGCCCUCGUCGAUUAUCGCAACAAGGCCGUCGCCGAGCGCGACUCGCUCGCUGCUAAUCCCGCCGCCUAUUAUGCCUCUAACCCGCUUACAUCCUCCCCAGCCUCCUUCAUCCGCUCCAAGAUGGAGGACAUGCGCGGUGUCGACCACGAACAGUCCCGCCGCGAGCGUGUCCGCAAGCUUGAGCUGCGCAUUGACGAACUCACCCGUGAGGUCGAGUCCGCCAAGACUACUUCCGAGAUGUUCGACGAAGAAGUCGUUCGCGAAGUAGCAGACUUUGAGCGCAUCAAGGCGGUCGAGUUUCGUGAUUCUCUCGGCGCCCUUGCCGAGGCUCAUAUCGACUUCUACCAGGGUGUCUUGUCUACCUGGGAGCGGUUCGUUGCAGAAAUGGAGGGUGAUGCUGAGGGUGGUCUUGAGGCUGAUUCUCACGCUGCUGGAUCGCGGUAG